AGGUGUUGUUGCUCCUCUCUCUAUGAAUGAAGAUUGAACUUCAUCCCAGACUGCAACUUCUUUCUUCUGUCCAAAUUUGUGAGCCACACUAGGACCACGCGGGGCUGCGGGUCCGACCCGGACCUGCACAUUUCGAUCCAGUGUGCCCGCUCCACACUCAACAGGCCAGACUACAACUCCAGCCCCAGGAAUCCAAUAAGGUCUUCACCUUCCUCGCGUUCCGGAAGACCCACAAGCUAGUAUUUGAUCUGAAGAUGAAGUUUCAAAAUCAACAGAUGAAGGGCUUAUGCCUGAACCAUUAACUCUCCUGCUCCUCGGAUGCUGCCUGACCCGCAGUUUUCGACUCUGAUUCUCCAGCAUUUGUGAGUCACUCAAUCCAUCGGGACUGCAACAAUUUUCGACUGUGAUCCAAUUGGUUCCUGUUUCAGUACGUUUUCAGCAUCAGUGGGACUGGAAGAGAGAUCCUAGUGUUGCAGCAACACACGGAGUGUGGAGCCUGAAACAGUUAACUGGCCUGAAAAGAGGAAUUCAAGGCUGGGAAGGGACAUACACGCGUUUGUGUGCAACUGUAGCUUUGGCCAUGGAGAAACCAUGGAAGUGUGGCGACUGCGGGAAAGGUUUCCGUGUCCCGUCUGCCCUGGAGACACAUCGGCGCAGUCACACCAGGGAGAAGCCAUUCUCCUGUCCUGAGUGCGGGAAGGCCUUCAGUGAUUCCUCUGCCCUGCUGAGGCACCGGCGAGUGCACACAGGGGAGAGGCCCUUCAGCUGCCCUGAGUGCAGGAAGAGCUUCAGCGAUUCCUCCGCCCGGCUGAGGCACUUGCGGGUGCACACAGGGGAGAGGCCCUUCAGCUGCCUCAAGUGUGGGAAGGCCUUCAAUGAUUCCUCCGCCCUGAUAAGGCACCAGCGGCUGCACACAGGGGAGAGGCCCUUCCGCUGCCCCGAUUGUGGGAAGGUGUUCACUCGCUCCUCCCACCUCGUGAUUCACCGGCGGGUCCACACUGGUGAGAAGCCCUUCCCCUGCCCCAAAUGUGGGAAGGCCUUCAGCGAUUCCUCUGACCUGCUGGCCCAUCGGCGGGUCCACACCGGCGAGAGGCCAUUCACCUGCUCUGUCUGCGGAAAGUGCUUCACACGCUCUUCCGACCUGCUGAAGCACCAGCGUGUCCACACUGGGGAAAGGCCCUUCAGCUGCUCUGAGUGCGGGAAGGACUUUACCCAGGCAUCCCACCUGCUGACACACCGGUGGGUCCACACUGGGGAGAGGCCGUUCACCUGCCCUGAGUGCGGGAAGGGCUUUGCUGUCCCCUCCAGUCUACUGACGCACCAGCGGGUCCACACUGGGGAGAGGCCGUUUGCCUGCCCUGAGUGUGGGCAGAGGUUCACAAUGUCCUGCAGUUUGAACAAGCACCAGCGGAGGCACCAAUGCUCCCAACAAUCAGAUUCUGCCGGUAACGCUGCUGAGGGUCACCCCCAGGACUGAACCUCCUGCCCUUUCUGACAGUGGGGGUAAUGGAAGAGUUGAUGUGAUUGAGAAGCUUCUCCCAAUGAAUCUUUGACUGAUAACAGCAUUUGUCAGGCUUUUGAAAGUCACUGUAGCUCUGUCACAGCACAUGGGAGGGCUAUUUCAGACACAACGCAUCAUGCAGAAAAUUCUCCCACAUUAGUCGAGUAAAGUUGACGUCUUUUUAAGACAUUGUGAAACUUGAAAGGAUUCAGAAAAGGUUUGGAAGGACGUUGCCAGGGCUCCAAGGUUUUAGCUUUAUAACAGUAUUGAUGACAUUCUCUUGAAUGCAAUGGAGUCAAUAUUAAUCCCAGCCUCUUGGUGUGGUUGUGGGUGAAUCACCUUAAUUUGGCUCCUGACUCAGAGACCGACAGAGAAUCAACUGCUGAAACAAUGAUUUGCACUUUAUUGCAUGUAGCAACCACAAAUAAAACCCCUCAAGUUCAUUCAGCUUCACCCCCCAAAAUUGGCUAUCACCCAGUUGAUGGCUGAAUUUAACUGAGUUUCCACCGACAGUGCCCAUCUCUGGAAGUGUCCAGAGGUUUGAUGCAGUAUUAUUCGUCUAAGUACUGCUGCUGCAGCAUCGUUCUAGAGUUGAAUUUUGGUGGCAUAUCCUCAUUUUCAAAUCUGUGGUGUGACUUUUUUUUAAGACUCUAACAUCACCUCCCAUUGCUGGAGACCUCAGCUCUGUAGCUUCCCUUCUUAUCCUUGAGGGUUAACUGUCUGCUUGAAACAACCUGCUCUGCAAUUAACCCCUCGAUGUCAGGGCUUUCCUUCCACAAGCAGAAUUAAUUGUCCUUUUGUCACACCAUUAUUAAACAACAUUAUCU